AUGUCUGGUCAAGCCUUCCUUGAUUACACUGAAGAAAAACUUAUCCAAGAUGGAUUGCUAAGAGGACCUGCGUCAAGUAUUGUUAGGUUAAUUGCAAAAAUCAAAGGAGAUCAAGUUCUGCCUCCUUUUCGGACACCGCCAGAGUGGCAAGACUACUGCCUGUCAAGCGUUAUUGCGAUGGUUCCACAACAACCCGGAAAAGUUUCCGGCGGUAACCCGGACGACUUCGAGAUAUAUCUCGUAAACUUCGACGGGAAUGUUCAGGUCAACAAAGGGAGAGAGAUGUUCUGGCUGUCUGUGCAAACGCUUUCGAGCACAGACGAGCAUCGAUUCGGCUUUAGUGAUUCAAGCAAGACAGAUUGGGAAACCACACUUCGAACUCUCAAGGGCGACCGCACUAAUUAUUGUCUACAUUCUCUUGCACUUGUUGGCACCUCAAGCAUUAGGGAGUUCCUUAUCGCUCACAACAAGCCUGGUGCUUCGUCUCAAAUCUCGCUGUUUACGGAAGAGGCAACUUGGACGACCGGUCGAUUUACCAAAACAGACGUCGAGGAGCUUUUUGUUCAGUUCGCUAAAGAUUCGGAUAACGGAUUCGAUUCAGCUAAUAUUGCAGCAGAUAUUUUCGAUCUCACCCUCGGCCAUAAAGUUUUCGUCGGCGCUUGUGGUGCUUAUAUUCAACAAGAAUCCGAAAUUCUAUCGUCCCCUAUUGUAACAGUUGAUGAUUGGAAGAAGCGGACUACCAUUGAAUUAUUACGAGACAUAAUGCAGAAACCACACUUCAAAUCCAUAGUGCUGUCUCUCAAUCACCUCUCUCCGGCGUGCAGAUCUAUUCUUACCUCAGUACUCCGUUACGGCACCUCUGAAGUUGAUAUGACAAACGAGGCUGCAAAAUUUCUUCUUGCGGAGGGAAUGGUAUCUAUCAAAGAGAGAAGAGAGGACAACUAUGUUCUCCGCAGUUUGAUGCUUUCCAGCAUAGUCAUACCUACACUUCGCCUAUCCCAGAGUGUGCCGGACGGGGAAAAGCUUGAUCUUCAGUGGUUGUCAGCGCGUACAAUUGAGAAUUUGUGCAUUCGGCACCUCUACUCUCCGCAGACUUUGAACGCCGAUAAAAAUCCAGCAGAGUAUGCAUUACAGUCCGAGUUCGUAACUAUCUUCAGGAAUUUGGUCCCAUUGGCAUACCCGCUCUUGCAAUAUAAAAUUUUGGUAGAGGUUAAAGAGCGCGACGAACAUAGCGUGCCGAGCAAGACAGAUUUUGACGAACACUGCGACCGCGCCGAAAAAUACGGAAAAAUCCACAAGUGCCAGAUGUUCAUGGUCAACCUUUGUCUUAAAGUCACAUUGUGUGAAUAUUUUGGAAAGCGCUCUUAUGACUUGACCGCGGUGAAUGUGGUCAUUAAUCCUGAUGAGUUGAAGGGCACUAUAAAAUAUGCAAAAAAAGAUGAGCCUGUGUCGAUUAAUGGUUCUGAAUGGGAUAUGCUGUUUAAGAGCUGA